ACUGGACUAAUACCUGGGCAGAAUGUGGGCGCAAGUGAACCGAGCGGCUGAGGAGUUUUACGCUCGCCUCCUGCAGUGAGUCCUAGUCGUUGCCGUUAGCUGGGGUCCACGAACAGCACUUCUCCCUCUGGGUAUCUAGGUCCCCGCCCCAAGUCUUUUGCCGCACCUUGAGGAUGACCGCUUGGCCUGCUUUGUUGGGGUCUGAAAGUUGGAAGAGGCCGGCCUCCUCCAGUGUGGGGGACUUGCCUGUAGUCUCAGGAGAAAAAUAUCUGCACGUUUGCGAAAUAGGCGGAAGAUGACAGGCUGAUGUCCAAGUACAGUUGAUCAGCAAAGGUCAACCAAACCCUCUGAAAAAUAUUCUUAAUGAAAAUGACUUAGUAUUCAUCGUGGAAAAAGUGCCAUUAGAAAAGGAAGAAACAAGUCAUGCUGAAGAACCACAGUCUGAAGAAACUGCUAUUUCUGAUUUCUCUACUGGUGAAAAUGUUGGACCACUUGCUUUACCAGUUGGGAGAGCAAGGCAGUUAAUUGGACUUUACACCAUGGCUCACAAUCCUAAUAUGACCCAUUUGAAGAUGAAUCAGCCAGUCACUGCCCUUCCUCCCCUUUGGAUUAGAUGUGAUGGUUCAGAUCCUGAAAGUACCUGUUGGCUAGGAGCUGAGCUAAUCACAACAAAUGAGAGUGUUACAGGAAUUGUCUUAUAUGUGGUUAGUUGUAAAGCUGAUAAAAAUUAUUCUGUAAGUCUGGAAAAUCUGAAAAAUUCACACAAGAAAAGACAUCACUUGUCUACUGUAACAGCCAAAGGCUUUGCUCAGUAUGAGCUCUUUAAGUCCACUGUUUUGGAUGAUACAGUCACCCCAUCACAAACUACAGUCACUUUGGAUAUUUCCUGGAGUCCUGUUGAUGAGAUUCUUCAAAUUCCCCCACUCUCUUCAACUGCAGUUCUGAAUAUUAAAGUGGAAUCAGGAGAACUCAGAGGUUAUUUGAAUCAUCUUCACAGAGAACUGAAAUUUCUCCUCGUUUUGGCUGAUGGUUUGAAGACUGGUGUGACUGAAUGGCUUGAGCCUCUGGAAGCAAAAUCUGCUAUUGAACUUGUGCAGGAGUUUCUGAAUGACUUAAAUAAGUUGGAUGGAUUUGGUGAUUCUACAAAAAAAGACAUAGAGACAGUGAAGCACGACACUGCUGCAGUUGAUAGGUCCGGACUUAUCACAGUGAGGGGUGAUCUUGAUUUUGCUGAACAACUUUGGUGUAAAAUGAGCAGCAGUGUGGUUUCAUAUCAAGACUUGGUGAAAUGUUUCACAUUGAUCAUCCAGAAUCUACAACGUGGUGAUAUACAGCCAUGGCUCCAUAGUGGGAGUAACAGUCUACUAAGUAAGCUCAUUCAUCAGUCUUAUCAUGGAACCAUGGAAACAGUUUCUCUCAGUGGGACUGUUCCACUUCAAAUGCUUUUGGAAAUUGGCUUGGACAAACUAAAAAAAGAUUACAUCAGUUUUUUCGUAGGUCAGGAACUUGCAUCUUUGAAUCACUUGGAAUACUUCAUUUCUUCAUCAGUAGAUAUACAAGAACAGGUUUAUCGUGUUCAAAAACUUCACCAUAUUCUAGAAAUAAUAGUUAGUUGCAUGCUUUUCAUUCGACUUCAGCAUGAGCUCCUCUUUUCUUUAAUGCAAUCCUGCAUAAAAUACUAUAAACAAAAUCCUCUUGAUGAGCAACACAUUUUUCAGCUGCCAGUUAGACCAGCUGCUAUAAAAAACUUAUAUCAAAGAGAAAAGCCACAGAAAUGGAGAGUAGAAAUAAAUAGCGGUCAGAAGAAGGUUAAAACAGUUUGGCAAUUGAGUGACAGUUCACCUGUAGAUCAUCUGAAUUUUCACAAACCUGAUUUUUCUGAAUUAACACUAAAUGGUAGCCUGGAAGAAAGGAUAUCCUUUACUAACAUGGUUACAUGCAGCCUGGUGCAUUUCAAGUGAAGUGUGCUGAGGAGGUCCUCCAUAAGCAUAAACCAAAAAGAGUGAGGGAAAAGGUAAAUCACAGGUCCAGAAAACAGACAUGAACAUAAACUUUCAAAGCAGAAAAAAGAGGACCAUCCUGAAGAUUCUCUGUGAAAUAUGAAGCUCCAAAAUUGGUGAUCUUGUCUCAGCUCUGGCUCUUGAGAAGUAGCAUUAGUAGCAGGGCAGCGAUGAGUGUGCAGAGGGUGCAGACUGUGGGGACCACAAUCUCCGAGACCAUGUGCAUGUGACUGAGCAAAGGCUCUGAAACGGUACAGAGAACAACCAACCACCAUGUGAGCUGCACCCUAAAUCCAUAUUGGAAAAACUUGAUAAAUGACAUCAAAUUUUCUAAUUCUCAUUUUCUAGAAAAGGAAACUUAGUAAAUUAAAUGUUAUUUAAAAAUUAGGGGGUUAGAGAUGUGGCUCAGUGGUAGGGUACUUGUGUAGCAUGCAUAAGGCCCUGGGUUUAAUCCCCAGCACCACACAUACAAAAAAGUUACAUGAUAGUCUGUAAAAUAUUUCAGAAAAUACGGGAAUGCUUAAAUUUGAUUCUUCUACAAAUUUAAAAAUGAAAAAAGUCACAAAACUGUACACUAUGAUCUUUUUGUAAAACAAAAGUAUGUACAUAAUAUAUAGCAAACUAUUAAUGCUGACUUUGGGGGGAGAUGAGAUUAUAGGUAAUUUUUAUUUUAUUUAUGCUCAUUUUUAUUUUCUAAUUCUUAAAUUCCAGCAUAAACCAAAAAGAGUAGGGGAAAAUGUAAAUCACAGGUCCAGAAGAUAGACAUGAACAUAAACUUUCAAAGCUGAAAAAAGAGGACCAUCCUGAAGAUUCUCUGUGAAAUACGAAGCUCCAAAAUUAUUAUACUGUAAUAAAGUAUAAAUGUGUCAUUAUUUAAUGCUUACCAUGUAUUUCUCAAGAUUAUUACAGCCAUAUUUCACAGUUCUCAAUUUUUUACUGGCGGGACUUGUGAAAGAAAAAUCCUGGGGAUACCCUUUCCAACCUUUCAAGGAAGUUAUUAUGUAUCUUAAGAGGUAUGGGAAUUUCUAUGUUAAAAUAUCUUAUGCUGAUUCUUGCAUAGUUUGAUCUUCAAGAGUUAAAUGAUAAACCUGUUUCCUGUGCUUUAAUGUAGUAGUGGACAUUUCUGUAAUACCCUCUUUUAAGUUGUAUGCUGGGCAUUCUAAUUACUAAGAUAAAUAAAGCACAAGCCCUGUUCUUAUAGAGGUCAUAGGCUUCUAAGUAAAUUCUGUGUUAUGAAUACAUUGUUUUAGUUUAGUAGAGUAUACAUAAUUAGCAUUGUCUUGUUAUUUAGAUAUGGGGAGGUUGGUACAUAGUGGUAUACUGGCUCUUUAAAAUGUGGGAUUGGAAGAGUUUGCUUUAGUACUUUCUACUUUGAAUACCACAUUAAAGAUAAGCUUAUUGCUGGGCAUAGUGGCACACACAAGUUACUGUAAUCCAGCAACUUGGGGGGCUGAGGCAGGAGUAGCACAAUUAAGUGAGACCCUGUCUCAAAAUAAAAAAAUAAAAAAGGCUGGGGAGGUAGCUCAGUGGUAAAGCACUGCUGUGUUUAAUCCCCAGUAUGGGGAGAAAAAAAUGAGUUUACUAAAACAAAGUAUAUUUCUCUGAUUGCCUUAUGGAGAAAAAUAAAAUUCAAAGAGGUGAUGUGUGUUGGUAUUUUUUGAUAUAUAGUUACAUGUUGGUUAUUUUACAGUUCUGAUCCUUUCAGAUACCAUAUUUCAUAAGAAAUGAUGCCUUCUGUGAAGGUGACCCAGUUGUAAUCAUUGCUGUAUCCCCAGGUCUUAAAAUAACUCAUAGUUAAUAGUGAAUGAUUAAUAAUUUCCUAAAUGAGUGAAUAUAAGAGCUAGAGUAUUCUUGACCUUUUCUUCAUUCCCUUUGGUAUAAUGGUUAACUUUUCCCUUCCUUCUAUAAACACGUAACGAAA